AUGACUCAUCUGUUGGCCAACAUUAGCCCCUCUCAGCCUAGGAGAGAGGAGCGCAGCGGCCGCCGCCGCCGCCGNGCUGACAGUGUAGAGCAAGCUGUUUAUUACUGUAAGAAGUGCACUUACCGAGAUCCUCUUUAUGAAAUAGUUAGGAAGCACAUUUACAGGGAACAUUUUCAGCAUGUGGCAGCACCUUACAUAGCAAAGGCAGGAGAAAAGUCACUCAAUGGUGCAGUCCCCUUAGGCGCAAAUGCCCGGGAGGAAAGCAGUAUUCACUGCAAGUGAUGCCUUUUCAUGCCGAAGUCUUACGAAGCUUUGGUGCAGCAUGUCACUGAAGACCAUGAGCGCGUAGGCUAUCAGGUCACUGCCAUGAUUGGCCACACAAAUGUGGUGGUUCCCCGAUCCAAACCCUUCAUGCUCAUUGCUCCCAAACCUCAAGAGAAGAAGGGCAUGGGACUCCAAUCGAGAAUUGGUUCCCUCGCUUCUGGAAACGUACGGUCUUUGCCAUCACAGCAGAUGGUAAAUCGACCCUCAAUACCAAAGCCUAACUUAAAUUCCACAGGUGUCAACAUGAUGUCCAAUGUUCACCUACAGCAGAACAACUAUGGAGUCAAAUCUGUAGGCCAGGGCUAUGGCGUUGGUCAGUCAAUGAGACUGGGGCUAGGUGGCAACGCACCGGUUUCCAUCCCUCAACAGUCUCAGUCUGUGAAGCAGUUGCUUCCAAGUGGCAAUGGAAGAUCUUACGGUCUUGGGUCAGAGCAGAGGACCCAGGCGCCAGCAAGAUACUCACUGCAGUCUCCAAAUGCCCCAUCUCUCUCUUCAGGCCAGUUAAAGUCUCCUUCCCUCUCCCAGUCACAGGCAUCCAGAGUAUUAGGUCAGUCCAGCUCCAAGCCAACUGCAGCUGCCACUGGCCCUCCACCACCCAAUACUUCCUCAACUCAGAAGUGGAAAAUAUGUACAAUCUGUAAUGAGCUUUUUCCUGAAAAUGUAUAUAGCGUGCUCUUCGAAAAAGAACAUAAAGCUGAGAAAGUCCCAGCAGUAGCCAACUACAUUAUGAAAAUACAGAAUUUCACUAGCAAAUGCCUCUACUGUAAUCGCUAUUUGCCCACAGACACUCUGCUCAACCAUAUGCUAAUUCAUGGUCUGUCCUGUCCCUAUUGCCGGUCAACCUUCAAUGAUGUGGAAAAGAUGGCGGCUCAUAUGCGGAUGGUUCACGUGGACGAAGAGAUGGGACCUAAAACAGAUUCUACUCUGAGUUUUCAUUUGACAUUGCAGCAGGGUAGUCACACUAACAUCCAUUUCCUUGUAACCACGUAUAACCUAAGGGAUGCUCCUGCUGAGUCUGUUGCUUACCAUGCCCAAAAUAACCCACCCAUCCCUCCAAAGCCACAGCCAAAAGUGCAGGAAAAGGCAGAUAUCCCUGUUAAAAGCUCACCUCAAGCUGCAGUGCCCUAUAAAAAAGAUGUAGGGGAAACCCUUUGCCCUCUUUACUUUUCAAUCCUGAAAGGACCCAUAUCCGAUGCACUAGCACAUCACUUACGAGAGAGGCACCGGGUGAUUCAGACGGUUCAUCCAGUGGAGAAAAAGCUCACCUACAAGUGCAUCCGCUGCCUUGGCGUGUAUACCAUCGACAUGACCGCCUCUACCAUCACUCUGCAUCUGGUUCACUGCAGGGGCGUGGGGAAGACCCAGAACGGCCAAGACAAAACAAAUGCACCCUCGCGGCUCAGCCAGUCUCCAGGCCUGGCACCUGUGAAGCGCACUUACGAGCAGAUGGAGUUUCCCUUGCUGAAGAAGCGAAAGCUGGAUGAAGAUAGUGACUCACCAGGCUCCUUUGAAGAGAAGCCUGAGGAGCCUGUUGUUUUAGCUUUAGACCCUAAGGGUCAUGAAGAUGAUUCCUAUGAAGCCAGGAAAAGCUUCCUAACAAAAUAUUUCAACAAACAAUCCUAUCCCACCAGGAGAGAAAUUGAGAAGCUGGCGGCAAGCUUAUGGUUGUGGAAGAGUGACAUUGCUUCCCAUUUUAGUAACAAGAGGAAGAAGUGUGUCAGAGACUGUGAAAAGUACAAGCCUGGUGUGUUACUGGGCUUCAACAUGAAAGAGUUAAACAAAGUUAAGCAUGAGAUGGAUUUUCACGCUGAGUGGCUCUUUGAAAACCAUGAUGAGAAGGAUUCCAGAGUCCAUGCUAGUAAAACAGCGGACAAAAAGCUCAGUCUUGGGAAGGAAGAUAACAGUUCCUCAGACAGUUUUGAAAAUUUGGAGGAAGAAUCCAAUGGAAGUGAUAGCCCUUUUGAUCCUGUUUUUGAAGUUGAGCCUAAAGUCCCUAAUGAUAACCCAGAGGAACACAUACCGAAGGUAAUUUCUGAAGAUGCUUUAGAAUCUGAGAAGCUAGACCAAAAAGAGGAGGAUGGUUCAAAAUACGAAACUAUUCAUUUGACUGAGGAGCCAACCAAACUAACGCAUGAUGCCUCUGAUAGUGAGGUUGACCAAGAUGAUGUUGUCGAGUGGAAAGAUGGUGCUUCUCCAUCUGAGAGCGGCCCUGGUUCCCAACAAGUGUCAGACUUUGAGGACAACACAUGUGAGAUGAAAACAGGAACCUGGUCCGAUGAGUCUUCCCAGAGUGAAGACACAAGGAGCAGUAAGCCAGCUGCCAAAAAAUAGGCUACUGUGCAAGGUGACAGAGAGCAGUUGAAGUGGAAGAAUAGUUCCUAUGGAAAAGUUGAAGGGUUUUGGUCCAAGGACCAGUCACAGUGGAAGAAUGCAACUGAAAAUGAUGAGUGCUUAUCCAACCCACAGACUGAGUGGCAGAACAGCACAAUUGACAGUGAGGAUGGGGAGCAGUUUGACAAUGAUGGGGUGGCUGAACCGAUGCACGGCAGCUUGACGGGGGUUAAACUGAGCAGCCAGCAGGCUUAA